UUUGGCAGGCUCUGAUGUCACAGGUUGUGUUUUGUGUGUGUGUGUGUUUUUCCAAAGCAAGGGUUGUAAAACUUGUUUGAACGCCAGGGAGGCAAGAGCAGAGCUGCUGGAGGCUGACACUGCAAGCCAAGGCAGAAGGAGAAGGACACAGGGACCAUGCGCUCUUGAGCAAUGGUGCUUCAGAACACAGAAGCCAUGGGAGUACUGAGCCAGUCAGAGCUGUGCCCUUAUCCAGCCACAUUGGAAAAGGAUCAUCUUGAGGAUGUGCCCAAGUGCCACCAGUACCCAGAAAAGGAGGGAUCGCCAACCCAAGCCAAUACGGAAGGGGACUCCCUUUCUUCAGAAAAUGAUUCCAGUCCAGGAGGCAACUCCAAUGACUAUACAGAGGACGAUGAAGCCAGUAGCAUAGACAGUGCCAAGAAUGGGAAUGGGAGUCCAUGUGCAAGAAGGUCCGGGGGUCGUGCAAAAGAAGAGCAGCAACAGUCGCUCCGUGUUCUUAAUAAGAUUGCGGCUCUCGAAAAUCGGAUCAAGGAGCUGCAUCACCGGAAGAAGGAGCUGAAUAUUGAGAUGGACCUGGAAGGUGCGUUGGUGGAAGGAGAACUGAAAGAAGAGAGGCAAGAGCUGAGACGGGAAGAAGAGCGGCUGCUGGAACUGCAGAGGCGGCUUGCUGAGACGGAGCGCAAGUGUCACACUGAGCGGGAGAAGGAGAAGGCACGGCUGCAAGAGGAGCGUCGCAAGGUAGAAGAGUUGCAGCGACAACAUGCCGAAUCUCAGAUGCACCUCGACAGUCAGCCUGAAUCUAUGCGGGAGCGGAUGCAGAGGCAGCUACAGGAGACAUCUGAAAUGCUAGAAGGAGCCCUGAGAUGCUAUGAAGAUCUAGAAUUCCAGCAGCUUGAGCGAGAAAGUCGACUGGAAGAAGAGAAGGAAGCAACCUGUCAGGCACUGACUGAAGAGAUCACUCAGUUGCAAAAUAGCAUCAAUCAGAGGAAGAGAACAGUGCAGAGGCUGGAAGGCCAGGCUCGCUUGACAGAGGAACAGAUGCUGGAUGAGAGCCAACGAUUUGCACAGGAGAAAGGAGAGGCUGUCAGGGAUCUCAACGCGGAAAAAAAUCGCCUCAUGGACGUGGGCCAGGAGCAUUUGGAGGAAAAUGGGGAUGAUUCCCCAGAAGAGAAGCAGGGUGUCACUCAGCUCACUUUCACCCAAAAGACGGAUCGUAAGGUCAUUGUGUUGGGCUCCAACCAGUCCGACUCAUCUUCCUGUGUCUUCUCCGUCCGCAGUUCUGUCAAGGGUUCCAUUGGGUUACAGCGGACAGCGAGUCUCCCCCGUAGACGUGGAGAUCGUCUCCCACCCAGAAGUGCACAGCGCCCCCUCUCAAUGCAUGGUGCUCUAGACCCUGGUGUUCUUGCAGCACAGCUCUCUGGCAGGAGCAACAACUACUUGGGCAGUCCAAAUCUGCAAUUCUCACGACUCAACAACCCCCUCUAUCAGCUCCUGGGUGGCCAAGGGGCUGUGGGGCAGCUAGGAGGAACCACCCAAGAGACCUACAGUCUCGGAACCUGCGUUACCAAGUUGGCAGAGAUGGAACGGAGGGUACGGGAGGCCAUGGCAGAGAGAGAGCGGCUGUUGCAGGAAAGGGAGGCUAAGAAAGCAGCUGAGGAAGCAAAACGCAUGGAGUCGUCCCCAUUGACUAAGAAUCCCAAUCCAGUGGAAACCCGAGAGGCCAAGCAAGCUGGAUUUGACCUCCGGAAACACCUGGAAGCAUCAGGACACAGUGUGGACACCUGCCCACAUGUGCGGGUGACCAGCAAGUCCUGCAAAGGCUACCUGGUCAAGAUGGGUGGUAGGAUCAAGACCUGGAAGAAGCGCUGGUUCACCUUUGAUCGCCAGAAACGUGUCUUGGCAUACUAUGCAGACAAAGAAGAGGCCAAGCUUAAGGGUGUGAUUUAUUUCCAGGCCAUAGAAGAGGUUUACUAUGACCAUCUCCGCAGCGCUUUCAAGAGCCCCAGCCCCAAGAUGACCUUCUGUGUCAAGACCUAUGACCGUCUCUUCUGCAUGGUGGCACCCAGCCCAGAGGCCAUGCGCAUCUGGAUGGAUGCUAUUGUUACAGCAGCAGAGGAGAAUGUCCGCUACUGAUGUGUAAACAGUGCAAUGGACGUUAGAAUUUAUGCUCAACGAUGGACCUAGUGCUUCUCCUUAAGGAACUUCCAUAUGUAAACCAUAGCUCCUCCCUUGGGAUGGAGCAUGAUAGCACAAUAGCCAGUGGAAGAAGCCUGGAUGUGUUUCAGUUUGAUCAGAAGCUGGGUGGUCCCUCCAGUGUUUGGACAGACAUGGUUGGAACCUAAGUAACAUGUAAGGCCAGUCCAUACAUAGAGUUGCUGGCAGUGACUGUUCAUACUAAUUGCCACAUUCCUUACAUCUGAGGAGGCCAAGGAACGAUGUGUUUGCAGAUGGAAAAUUGGUGGUGUGCAUUCCAGACACUUCUGUAGAAUGUGACUUCAGUUCCAAAGAAUCUAAAUCAGUUUGUCCAGAAGCUGUUUCUUUUGGCCAAUGUCUGCUACAGAAAGCAACUUGUCUAGAGGAAAAGGGAGAAGUUUCUGUGAGCGUUUAACUCCUGAGUCGACCAGGGUUUGAGCAUUGGAUGAGGACUCUGAGACACCUGCUCAAACCCCUGCUUGGCCAUGGAAAUCCACUGGGUGACUUGAGCAAGUCUCACUCUCUCAGCCUAAGAAUAAGGCAAUGGCGCCCCUCCUCUGAAUUAAUCCUGCCAUGAAAACCCUAUGAGAGGGUUGCCAUAAGUGGGAGCCAACUUGAAAACAUAGAAGAACAACAAAACUGGAACAAAGUGCAGGUUGAACUAUCGUCAGCCAAUGAAUCUUGGUCCUCCUGUCUGAAAGAAGGGCUUUUUUGAGGUUGUCCCAAGAUGCCUUUGGUUUAUAUUUCUGCAGCCACUUGAAGCUUUUCCCUUAGUGCUUCAUCACAGUGCCUUGACAUAGGCUUGUCUGGACGAUGGAAGACUUUGAAAUACGUGAGAAAAAGCCUCUCAAUGGGACUUCAGCACCUUGCAUUAAGCAUAGUGGGUAGAUAGUGGCUGCAUUGUGUAGCUCUUAUUGUAUUUAUUGUGUGUUUGGGAGACUCGCUCGCUCUUUUCUGUGAAUACCUGGGAAAGCUGUGUCAAAGAAGCACUCGUGUAUAAAAUGGUAUGCUAUUUAUUGUAUAAAUCUUUCAUGGGAAAAGAGA